AUCUGCCACAAGCUCUCAAUUCAAUUCAAUUCAAACCCCAAAACCCCCAAUUUCACGAUUCAAUUUCUUCUUCAAAUCGAUCAAUUACCCUAAUUUUCAAUCCAACCCCCAAAACCCAACUCGAUUCCCUCUGACCCGAUUUGCAAUAUCCCCCUCCCAAUCAGACCCGAUUUCUUCUUAUAACAAGAGAUAUAGUCAUUGACAGAACCAAUAUCAUGAUUACCAUCCACCCAUGUGGGUUUGGCCGAAUGUUAGCAGGCUUCUCAGUGAGGUCCGCAUGUGUGAAGAACCCCAUGGGGAGAGCUUUAACCUUAACCCCUCCCCGGCUCGGAGAGGUGACACUCCCUGCCACCUUUUUUCUAUCCAAAAAAAAAAACCAAUACCAUCCUAAAUUCUUUCAAUUCAGCCUCCUCACUCAUCCUCAAUCAAACACCAUGGAUCUGAGCAAACCUCAAUUCGGAGCCUCUUCCUCUUCCUCUUCUUCUUCCACCCAUUCGUUCACAAACGAUGUCUUUCUGAGCUUCAGAGGUCCGGAUACGCGCAACAAUUUCAUAGGCCAUUUGUACAGCAAGUUGGUUGACAAGGGAAUUAAGACCUUCAUAGAUAAUGACCUUACAAGAGGAGAAGAUAUAACAGAGGAGCUUCUCAAAGUAAUUGAAGGAUCAAGGAUUUCCAUUGUUGUAUUUUCUGCCGGCUAUGCAUCUUCGAAGUGCUGCUUGGAUGAACUUGUCAAGAUCAUUCAAUGUAAAGAAUCCAAUGGCCAAAUCGUUUACCCAAUUUUCUACAAGGUAGAUCCGGCGGAUAUACGAUACCAGAAGGGCCAGAUUGGUAAGGGAAUUGCUCACCUUAGCAAACGCAAGGAUAACUUAGAGAAGGUGGGGAGUUGGGAGGCAGCUCUUACAGAAGUAUCAACUUUGUUUGGGUGGCACAUCUCAGAAGGAGGGCAUGAAGCGAAUAUCAUUGAUGAAAUUGUUGAAAAGAUAUCAACCGAAAUAAUGAAAUGCACCGCUUUAAAUGUGGCAACACAUCCUGUUGGAAUAAAAUCUCGUGUAGAAGACAUACUUAAGCUCUUAAGUGUAGGGCAAGACAAUCCUCACAUGGUAGGGAUAUGGGGAAUUGGCGGAAUAGGAAAGUCAACACUUGCAAAAGCUGUUUACAAUUCAAUUAGCCAUGAGUUUGAACAUAGCUGUUUCUUGAGUAUUGUUAGAGGAGCAUCAUUUUCAGAUGGAAGUCUUGUCCAGCUACAAAACGAUUUUCUUUCUAAGAUUAUAGAGAGGAAUCCACCUAAGGUGACCAAUGUUGAUGCAGGAAUCACUGUGUUGAAGCAAAAACUAAGCCAGAAAAGGGUUCUCUUAGUUCUUGAUAAUGUGAACCACUUGGAUCAGUUAAGAGCACUUGCUGGAGGGUGUGAUUGGUUUGGUCCAAGUAGUAGAAUUAUCAUAACAACAAGAGAUACAAAUUUGCUAAAUGCUCAUAGAGUCGAUUUCGAUUCAAUAUAUGAGGUCAAGGAAUUAAAUCACCAAGAUGCUUCAAAGCUCUUCAAUUUAAAUGCCUUCAAAAGAGAUAUAUGUCCGGAUGACUUCUUUGAAGUUGCAACUGAGGUAAUACAUUAUGCUAAAGGGAUUCCAUUAGUUUUGGAAGUUUUGGGGUCAGAUCUAUGUAGUAAAAAGAAUAAGGAUGAGUGGAAAGCUGCAGUAGAGUAUUACAACAAAUAUCCUAACCAAGAGAUUCAACAAGCUCUCAAAAGAAGUUACGAGGCAUUGGAGGAUCAGAUGAAAGAAGUUUUUCUUCAUAUUGCAUGUUUCUUUAAAGGUCACAAACAAGGGUAUGUGAUAAAUGUCCUACAAAGCUGUGACAUCAAUCCUAUGUAUAGUCUCAAAGUCCUCGUAGAAAAGGCCUUAAUAAAAAUUGAGAAAGACAAUAAGAUUUGGAUGCAUGACCUUCUAGAAGUCAUGGGAAAAGAAAUUGUUCGACAAGAGUCUCCUGAUGACAAAGGACAAUGCAGUAGACUGUGGCUAAAUGAGGAUGUUCGCUACGUCCUUGAGGAAAACACUGGAACAGAGAAAAUUAAAGGCAUCAUGGUAAGAUGUGACUAUUCACAACCGAUAAUGUUGAACGCUGAAAGCUUCAAAAACUUGAAAAAUCUUCAAAUUUUUAUAGUCGAUGAUGAUGGUGAUGGUGAUGAUGAUGUUGGUUCGAAGAUUUACACAACUCUUCCUGAACUUCUUAAAAGCACUGUUGAGAUACUUUGUGGAGAUAGCGUGGAUUAUCUACCCAACCAGUUGAGGGUCCUCGGCUGGAUGCGUUGUUCAUUACGAUCGUUGCCAACGAAUUUUAAUCCAACCAAACUUGGUAUAUUGCACAUGGGUGGGCCGUGCACGACUCCACUAGUGAACGAGGGAUUGAAGAAUCUGCGAUAUUUGAAAUCAAUCAAAUUGCGUGGCUGUGAUGGUCUAACCAGAAUUCCGGACUUGUCUGGAUUAACAAGCUUAAAGUAUUUGAAGUUGUCUGAAUGUAAAGAUUUAGUUGAAGUUCAUCCUUCGGUUGGCCGUCUCGAUAAGCUCGUCUAUUUGGGAAUCAGAUAUUGUAAAAAGCUGCAGAUGUUUCAAGAGAGGAUCAACUUGAAAUCUUUGGAAACUCUGGAUCUCUCUGAUUGCCCGCUUGAGUUCUUCCCUGAAAUUGAGGGAGACAUGAAGUCUUUGAAUCGCAUGGAUCUAAGUUUCACUGACAUCAAAGAGUUACCUUGCUUAGUUGGAAAUCUCACUGGCCUUAAAUCCUUGUCUCUAAGUUGGUGUAAAAAUCUUACAAAUGUACCAUCGAGCAUUUUCUAUGAAUUGCAACGUCUGGAGAGGCUUGAUCUAGGGUACUGCUCUAAGCUUGUUACAUUUCCAACAAAGUCGGAAUCACUUCCUCCACCGGUCUUUUCAACUGACCUGACGAGAUUACAAGUUAAACUGUACAAAUGCUACAGGCUUGAAGAAAUUUCAGAAUUCCCACGAGAAAUAGAUUCCUUGGAUGUGUGGGGUAGUGGGUCAUUGGAAAGAAUUUCAAAGUUGUCAAAAAUUUUGGAGGGUAAAGAUUCAAAAAUGUUCCGUCAGUUGGACUUGGCUGACUGCCAGAGACUCUGCGACAAUCUGGCUCGCAGAGUGGUAACCAAAGAAUUGAUGGGAGAGGCAGACAAAUUGGCGGCUCUGUUGACUCUUUUUUUCUCUUGUCCGAAAUCUGAAGAAUUCAAAGUAAGAUUUCCUGCACGUGCUCCGCUUCCAAACUGGCUCACCUGCCGUCGGGAUGUGAAUAGUGAAGAGCAUGAGUUUUGCAUUGAACUUCCUCAAAACUCCAAUUGGGACAAGAAAGGGUUGGCUCUCUGUAUUCAAUCGAAUUCUGAUGACCUCACUCGUUGUGUUUACAUCAAUGGAAUAGAGUUUGAUGAGAAACGCAUGUUUGGGCCUGAAGUGUGGGUGCAUUAUAUUCCAUUGGUUACAGUAAUAAGGAGGUUGAGUGAGUGUGGGAUGCCGCCACCAGAUCGGUUUCGAGUUAUGUUUCGUCUUAAAAUGAAUUAUUUUAAAAGACAAAUGAUCCCAAGAGAAAUGCCUUCUGGGGAAAGCUGGGGAGUCCACCUGAUCGAAGAUUUGGAAGCAGAAGGCCGAUGAUAGUCCAGCUGACUUCCAGUACAAAACACUUACCUCGGAAGAACUACUCCUUUGAAAACAUGAUGCUCGAUCAUCAUCAUACAAUGUUAAGGUAUUUAUUCCCUGUCUCUGAGAUAAGGGCACGUACAUAUGGUGUAUAUAUCAUAUAUUGUUUCUAGUUCUGAACAUGCCAUGUGUAGCAGAACUAGUCUAGGUUGAACACUAAAACUUUUCUGAAUUUCCUCGACUUACUUCGUUCAAGAGUUCAAUCUGGAGAAAAUUAUUUAGUGAGUCUUUGGAAUCAAACCGCAAUGGAGUUGAUAAGACCUACUCCAAGGGUCUCUAUGUCUGAAUUCCUUGUCUGUUCCAGUUCCAGAGCAGUAAAGACGCACACAUUGAUCAAUAUUUCAGAAAUAAAAGGAGAGGUACGCAAAAAGCCUUACACUUGAACUGAUCUUUUGGUUGAAAUCACGUUUUAGCUUGGCUUAAUUUAGAUCUGCUAGUAACAUCCAAUAAGUGAGCUGCUUAUAAAUUGCUCGAGAUUGUAUUUGGUAAUUGGACCUACUCUGCACUAUGUUUGUAGCCUUUGAUUUUUGAUUCUUGUUGUAGAGAAUUGGAAUUGUGUGUUUAUUAUUGCUAAUAGGAGCCCCUUGUAUAGGGAGUUACAAAGUACAUAAAAGGUAAUAGAAUCCGAUUACAAUUGAAUACCUAAAACCUUCUCCUAUUACAACUCUAAACCCUAGUUUGAAGAGGCACACAUGAUGUCGACAUCCUUCAACAAUUCUUUCUUUUUUUGUAAGGAAAAAUCCUUAUGCAAUGUCUGUAUUAAGUUGAGUUGCGAAGGAUCUCGAUGCUCUAGAUAUGGCUGAUACAAUAGGUAAUUGCUCUUUUUGGGUGAAUUAGUUAGCUAGUUCCUAAUAAUGGAUUUUAUUAACACUGGAACUUUUGUGUGUAUUCAGAGCAAGUGGAUUAGGUACUUAAUUAGCAAGCAAGGUUGGACAUAUAUACCAUGGAUUUCAUUCAGUUUUUCCAUGCAUAGUCAGACACAGCUCAAGAGUGUUUGGUCUCUUUGCAGCUUUGGUAGCAUAGUGAAUUCAGGUCCUCUUCUCCGGUCAAUUGUCACUAUCCCAUUCGCGAGUGUAAUGGAUUCUGUUUCACAAGUUUACUUCCAAUGUGAGUGCACAGUUGGUCUUUGUUCUGUUUAUCUUUAAAAAUAAUACUGGGAAAGAAAAUUUGCCAACUAAAGGCAGCCUUUGUUAUACCAGGUUUUCUAGACCUUCUGGGUUCUAAUGUCUACCUGAAAUUAGUUCAGCACGCUUUUCGCUUGUUUUCAUUUUCUUUUAGUAUAGGAAAUAAUGUUUGUGAGUUAUACCUUCGUUACUGUGAAGUUCUUGAUGAAUAAUAUGAUUAAGAUGAGAGGAAAACAACAUUUGGGCCUCCUAAGAAGAAGGCAAUACAUGCCUGUUGCAAGUUUGAGUCAUCCUUGAUAGAGAGGUUCAAAGGGCUAGAAGAGUUGAGGAAAACAGCAUUUGGGCCUCUUAAAAAUGUCUGCCCAGAUUGAGGAGGACAUUGCCGCAAAAGAGUUGCAGGCGGGUGGAAGCAUUUCAGCAAGAGCUUAUAUUGGAACAACAUGGUGAUCGAUCAACAUAUAUAAAAUGCAGAGCUGGUACAGAUUUUUAAGGGCCCAGCAAGUGUGGGAUGAUAUGCUCAACUUGAGGAAGGAAUUUUUCUGUUCAACUGUAGUACAGAUUUCUGCUUCCAUUGGAGCUUUUAGUGGAGACAGUCUCGUUUGACUAUUUUUAAACUUCUUUCUUUCUUUAUUUUGUAGAGAGACUGAUCUAAUCAGUGGGAUGCCAAACUGAUCGAGAUUUAUUUAGUUUAGGACUGGGUUCUACUCUACACUCAUCUUUGCAACUCUUGAUAUUUGACAAGGUGAAAAUCAGCAAUGUUGUCCUCUUAAUGCAAGCUAAGAUGAAUCUAGAUCUCUAGUCGAGACAAUAAUGAACCACUGAGUUUAGGUGCUGUCUCCUAAUUACAUGCGCACAGUGAUCUAUGUAGAAUGCAUUGUAUAGUGCUUUCAAGAAGAUUUUGGAUUUUUGCUAGCAGCCUUACCUGGUGUAUUACAUCCCGACUUUUCCGGUCAAUUCUUAGCAUUACCAGAAACAGUCUGGAAGUGCCAACAUGGAUUCUUCAUCGUACAUCUGCAUUCCAAUGCAAUCAGUUUGAUUUUGCACAGCUCGUGUCUUAGAGAGACCAUGAUCCUACCUCUGCAAUAAGAAUACGAAACCUGCAUGACUACUUUAAAUACUCAAUAUAGCCAAAACCUCCAACACAUAUUGUCCCAACUGGUGCAAGGUUAACAAUUCACAGUGUGUUGCAGCUCUAUCUCUGGAAGAAUUGGUGCAGGAGAAUAUUAUGAUGGAGUUUAGCGACUGGAUCAAAGGUUUUUCUAUAAGCCUUGCUCAGUUGCUCUUGGUACAAUCAUGAAUGCUGAAGUCUCAAGGGUCUUCUUAUUCAAGCUUAGUUAGUCCACAAAGAGCCAAUUCUGUGACACUAACCGGGACAUCUCAAUGACUCGUCUAGCUACAAGGAAGUUAAUGAAACAGCAGAUAACUUGCCAAGCUCGAUCAUCCUUAGCCAUUGAUUUAUAACUUUUGGCAAAAGAAGUCUUAUGGAUUUGUAAAGACUGGGGUUAUGCAAUAUUGUAAAUGCAAUGCUAAUUUUGUUAGCGCUUAGGUGCCAGACUUCAUGAAAGAAAAGAAGGGGAAAUGCACCCUAUGUAGUUGAAUUUCAGAUACUUGCAGGUUUCUGUGCUACAUGAAUUUUUUUUUUUGAUAUGAGAACUAAUUCCUUUCCCUUUCUUCCAAA